GAACUCAACCCCUAUAUGACCCACUUUCUCCUCAUGUCGGAAGAGAUGACGCCAGCAGCCAUCGCGAACUUCGUCUUAAAGCUUGAGACGCGGUUCAAAAGGCCCAUUGGACCUGAACGGAACUAUUCUGCCACAGGUGCGUUGGGCUUUGUUGGGCUUUGUUGGGCUUUGUUGGGCUUUGUUGGGCUUUGUUGGGCUUUGUUGGGCUUUGUUGGGCUUUGUUGGGCUUUGUUGGGCUUGUUGGGAGAGUUAUCGGUUGUUUUUUUUUGUUGUUGCCCAAGUUAAAAACUUCCACCAGUGAAUAAAAAAAUCAACAAAACAGGUCAAAGCUGUGAAGAAAAAAAAAUGAAAUUUAAAAAAAUGAUUUGCUUACUUCAAUAUAAAUCCACUGUAACUUGCAGUUAGGCUCAUUCAAUCAAAGCCCGCGUAGUGAGCUCUAGUAAUAACGGAACAGGAAAAUGAUAAAAAGUCAUUUAAGAAGCAUUCACAGACUUUUUUUCUUCUUAGGAUUCCUAACAACUGAUUGAAAAUCCCCGAACACCAGAAGAUUUUUGUUGUUGUCCCACUGACGUUAUUUAUUUGACUUCAGAUACCGUUGACAGCGGCGGUGAGUCGACGUCAUCCAAGCCUCUGAUCGGGUUGCUUAUUCAGGGUGGACCGGAGGACAUAGACCACGUGCUUGCCUUGCUGAGGAAAAAUGUCCCGGUGAUAGUGGUCGGUGGUCAAGGCAAGGCAGCCGGGUUGCUGGCCUUUGCUUACAGGGCUGCGCAAGAGACGUGAGUGGUCGAAUAUUGCAGCGUUUCCCAAACUGUUAAGUUUCACGGACUGGUGGACACGUUUCGAAACUGCAUCAGGGACCGGUGCCAGAUUUAUUAAUUACAUUUUCUUUCUAUUUAAACAGCAAUAUUCAGGCUCUCUCUUGACCGGUAACGUAAGGCUUGCGGACCUGUGCGGGUCCACGGACCACCGUUUGGGGAACGCUGGAAUAGUGGACGGGCAGUCGAUAUUUGAAUAGUAGAUUUGAUUUUAAAUUUCGAAAUUAGCUUAGAUGAGAUUUGUCGAAACAAUAGAUGAUGAAUUGCAGAAAAGAAAACGUUCCAUAUCUUUCUCGCCGAAUGCUCUCCUUUGUAGCUGGCUCUCGCUAAACGACCCGUGAAUUAACUCCCAGGUACGGCACAGACAGUUACGAGCAGUACGUGAAAACAGAGCUGUUGAAUCGCCUCAGUGAAACUUUCCCAGAUCAGUUCCGCGACAAUAGCCUCAGCAGGAAUCAGUACCGUGACAAGAUACUGCAAUGCGUGACCUACGCCACACAGGUACGGCCUUCAAAGCUAUCGAGACACGCGUAGUGGCUUGAUUUAUAUUUAACAAAUAAAUCUCAAAGACACAUUAAGGUGGGGGAUCAAGGAACCUUAAACAAAUCGGGGUUGGGAAAAAAAAAAAGGGGGAUGGGGUUCAUGGGCGUCAUUUUUAGUCUUGUGCUCAUGUUUUUCCUAGUCAAACUAAUGGAGUACAGAUUGUGGAGCUUAAUUGCUUAAGUUAAAGUGAGUUCUAUUUAAAGUUUGUAAUGUUUGAGAUGUCUAUCCUUACCUGGUUAUUUGCUGUCUACUCUGUACAGGGAGACAGCGCUCUUUUGACACUAGUGGAAAAAAAUACAAACUUCGAACUAAAAGAUCUCAGUAAAGUUAUUUUAACAGCGGUACUCACAUGUGAGUUGUUAAUGUAUGAAUAGGAUAUGUCAUUGUAUAACAUGGGUAAUGAUUAAGAUAUGUCAUUGUAUAACAUGGGUAAUGAUUAAGAUAUGUCAUUGUAUAAAAUGGGUAAUGAUUAAGAUAUGUCAUUGUAUAACAAGGGUAAUGAUUAAGAUAUGUCAUUGAAUAAAAUGGGUAAUGAAUAGGAUGUUUCAUUGUAUAACAUGGGUAAUGAAUAGGAUAUGUCAUUUUAUAUGGGUGAUGGAAAGGUUAAUGUGAUUUUUCAUUGCAUAACAUGGGUAGCGGAAAGAUGAAAGGGAGAUGUCAUUAUUUAACAUGGGUAAGGAAAAGGUGAAUAAGAUAUGGCAUGAUUUCGAGAGGGUGACACCUUUAGGCUGUAAGUCAACUGUGUUCAACUGUCUCCAAAAUGCCACCAGCCUUCAGCACCACGGGUAUCAUCAGGGACCAGGAAGAACUUCAGUCCAACAUGCAACUCAUCAUAGACUGGAUUCAACCUGAACUGGCCGUAACAGAAAUUUUUGAAAAAUACAGUAUCGACAAGUUUGAGGUGAGUGUCUGUAUAUCAUUAAGUGUAAUGUGUCAAUGGAAGGGCAAGUCUGGUCAACCAUUAAGUGUAAUGUGUCAAUGGAAGGGCAAGUCUGGUCAACCAUUAGGUGUAAUGUGUCAAUGGAAGGGCAAGUCUGGUCAACCAUUAAGUGUAAUGUGUCAAUGGAAGGGCAAGUCUGGUCAACCAUUAAGUGUAAUGUGUCAAUGGAAGGGCAAGUCUGGUCAACUAUGAAGUGUAAUGUGUCAAUGGGAGGGCAAGUCUGGUCAACCAUUAAGUGUAAUGUGUCAAUGGAAGGGCAAGCCUGGUCAACCAUUAAGUGUAAUGUGUCAAUGGAAGGGAAAGUCUGGUCAACCAUUAAGUGUAAUGUGUCAAUGGAAGGGCAAGUCUGGUCAACCAUUAAGUGUAAUGUGUCAAUGGAAGGGCAAGUCUGGUCAACGAUUAAGUGUAAUGUGUCAAUGGAAUCAGAAGUCUGGUCAACCAUUAAGUGUAAUGUGUCAAUGGAAGGGCAAGUCUGGUCAACCAUUAAUUGUAAUGUGUCAAUGGAAGGGUAAGCCUGGUCAACCAUUAAGUGUAAUGUGUCAAUGGAAGGGCAAGUCUGGUCAACCAUUAAGUUUAAUGUGUCAAUGGAAGGGCAAGCCUGGUCAACCAUUAAGUGUAAUGUGUCAAUGGAAGGGCAAGUCUGGUCAACCAUUAAGUGUAAUGUGUCAAUGGAAGGGCAAGCCUGGUCAAGCAUUAAGUGAUAGCAGCUUUUACUAAAUGACUCAUAGUGGGUAAAUUGCACGUCUCGUACCAUAUGACUCUUAGUGUUAUAUCUUGAUUUAUUAUCCAUCUCUCUGCAGAUUGACGAAGACCAGUUUGAGCAAGUUUUGUUGAGGCCUGGGCGGGAGAAGUUCGUCGAGCUAUUCCUUGACCGCGGGUUCCUGCUUCACAAAUAUCUGAACCACCGCCGCCUGGAAAUGUUGUUUGAGCGUUGUGUCGACAAGGAUUUUUUCGUAUCCAUCUGUGUGGAGAGAGUCCUGGGAGAGAAAGUC